CAUAUCCCCUGGAUCAAGAUGGAAUUUGGGCCAUCAAAGAAUUUCUCCCAUAAUGUAUUCUUUCUAAUAGGAUUUACCUCUCUAAAAGAGUACAGAACAUUCCUUUUAAUUCCCUUCUGCAUCUUAUUCAUCUUUGCGAUCUUGACUAAUGCUGCCCUUGUAUUAGUUAUUGCAAAACAGAGGACACUUCACUCUUCAAUGUAUGUGCUAAUAUGUUUCAUAGCAUGUGUGGAUAUAUGUGUCCCAACUUGUGUUGUCCCACAAAUAUUAUUUAGCUUCGUAUCAGGGAUCGAUGCUUGGCCUCGGACGUUAUGCCUCAUACAGAUGUUUCUUGUUCACUAUGCUUGUAGCCUUCAGGCGACUAUCUUGUUUGGGAUGGCUAUAGAUCGCUACUUUGCCAUCUGCAUGCCACUGCGGUACAAUGAUGCCAUGAACUUCACAAACUCUAUGAUUAUCACAGGUGUCAUUGUAGUGCGUAACACAAUCAUUAUAACAGCCAUGAUUGCUCUGGUUGGAACACUUACAUUCUGUUCAUCCAAUGAUCUCUAUCAUGUUUACUGUGAGCAUCAGUUGGUGGUCACUUUGGCAGUCCCCUGUGAAGACACAACAAAGAACUACUUGGCUGGUUUGAUCAGUUUCUGUGUGCCUACUAUUGACUGUGCUGGAAUUGCUUUGUCUUAUCUAACUAUAUUUGUCAUAAUUUUUCAGUCCGCAGCUGGAGAAUCACGUUCCAAAGCCAUCUUGAAAUGUACCACACAUUUAAUAGUCAUCUGCAUUACUUACUUCUCCUACAUGGUGGCCUUCAUGGCCUACAGAAUCCCAUCGGGCCUUACUGCCGACCUGCAUGUCCUUAUCAGUCUCAUGUAUCUUCUUCUUCCUGGUGUCUGUAAUCCAGUCAUCUAUGGCAUCAGCACUAAAGAAAUACGGGAGCAAUUUAUUAAACUUCUGAAGGUUAAUAAAGUUAGUGUUUCCUCAUUUCUCUCAUGA